AUGUCAGCCGACCAAGGCGCGGCGGCGUCGUCGACGGUCAUCGAGACCAUCGAGCCGGCCGAGGAGCGCAAGCUGCUCGCGAAGCUGGACCUCUUCUUCGUGCCGGUCAUUAUGCUCGUCUACCUCUCAUGCUUUCUCGACCGCUCCAACAUCGGAAACGUCAAGGUGGCCGGCAUGCCCGAGGACAUCCACGCCAGCACCGAGGAGAUCUCCACGGCCGUCUCCAUCUUCUACGCCACCUACGUCCUCGUCGAGGCGCCCUGGGCCAUCGCGCUGAAGAAAAUCACGCCGCGCAUCCUGAUGACGGGCCUCUGCAUCAUCUGGUCGCUGACCACCAUAUUUUCCGGCUUCAUCACCAGCAUCGGCGGCAUGUACGCUGCGCGGCUGGUCCUGGGUGCAUGCGAGGGCGGCUUGUUCCCGGGGUUGAACCUGUACUUGACCAUGGUGUACAAGCGAGAGGAACAAGCGAGGCGUGUCUCAUACCUCUUCGUGUGUACGGCCCUGUCGGGUGCCUUUGGUGGCCUGCUCGCGUACCUCAUCCUGAAGAUGGAUGGUGUCGGCGGAUAUGCAGGCUGGCGGUGGGUUUACAUUAUCGAGGGCAUCUUCAGCAUGGUGGUCGCCCUGAUCGUCUGGUUUGGUCUACCCAACGACCCAAGCAACGCAUAUUUCCUGAAUGACCGCGAGAAAGCGCUCAUGGGUAUUCGCGCCCAGCAGCGUGCUCGGUAUAUGGGCACCGAGGAGUUUAGCUGGCAGGAGAUCUUUAUCACGCUUCGUGACCCCAAGCUAUGGUUGAGCGGCGCCAUUCAGUUCUGUCAAGACAUCCUCCUCUACGGCUUCUCCACGUUUCUCCCUUCCAUCAUCGAAUCCAUGGGCUACAAUUCCCUGCAGGCCCAGUAUCUCACCAUUCCCGUCUACAUUGUCGGAGGCGGUAGCUUCCUCGCCCUCUCCUUCGCCUCGGACCGCUUCACCCUGCGCUCGCCCUUCCUCGUCUUUGCCAACUUCAUCGGCGUGAUCGGCUACGCCCUCAUUCUCAGCCCCGUGUCCAACGGCGUCAAGUUCUUUGGCACUUUUCUCUGCGCCAUCGCCGCCUACAACGGCCCCGGCAUCAACCUGACCUGGCUAAACGUCAACGUCGCGCCACACUAUAGGAGGGCGGCGGCCAUCGGGUUCCAGCAGACCCUGGGCAACUGUGCAGGGAUUGUGGCGGGUCAGAUCUACCGGAAAGCCCCUUAUACGCUGGGCAAUGCGUUCAGCUUGGGGUCUAUUGGUGUUGCGCAGCUGGUCAUUGCGUGUAAGGCACUGUAUAUCUCUCGCCAGACGAGGAACAAGGAAAAGAUUGCCAGGGGAGAGAUUCAAGACACAAGAAAAGUCAAGACUGGAGACCGUGAGCUGGACUUCAAAUAUCAUCUCUAA